GAGCAGUUCUCCACAUUGCCUUCCUAUUUUUGCAGUAGAGUUGCAUCUGUGUGAAGCAUGACCAAUGGCUUACCCCUAGCUACCUUGAUAAGCAUGCAGCAGUGCUACACUGUGGUGCCCCAUUGCAGUCAGCAUCCCUCUCAGCUCCUGGGUGUAUGUAGCAGCUGGAGCACCCGCGUGAGCUGUGGGUGACAUGGGAAGACAGUGAGGUUUAUGUUGCAUUUGGUUGUUUUUUUUAUUUUCAGAGCCUGGUUUGCAAGCCACUCUACUGAAUUAAUAUGCGAGGCUUGCUGGAGCUGGGGAUACCCACCGCUUGCCCAGAGGAGUGCUUGGAGGAACGUGGAUUGAUCUCCCUCUUGUGGAAAAUUAUCGGAACUAAAUUCUCGUGAUACUAAACGGGGAAAGUCCGGCAUCGAUGAACAAAUGAUGGCAGCAGUUACAAUGCCACCUGAUGCUCUUGUUGGCGCUCAAGGAAAUGAAGAGAUGGACUCUCUGAUUGUACUGCAUUAUAAUUACACAGGAAAGCUUAUUUUAAGGGAAAAGGCAACUGAUAGCAUAGACUUGCCCACUAUUGCAUUUCUGAUCCUAUGUAGUUUCAUAGUCCUGGAAAACUUGAUGGUGUUGAUUGCCAUAUGGAAAAACAAUAAAUUUCACAACCGCAUGUACUUUUUUAUUGGCAAUCUAGCUCUCUGUGAUCUUUUAGCCGGCAUUGUUUACAAAGUCAACAUUCUUAUGUCUGGGAAGAAAACUCUGAGCUUGUCUUCCACAAUCUGGUUCAUUAGGGAAGGCAGUAUGUUUGUUGCCCUGGGAGCCUCCACUUUCAGCUUACUAGCAAUAGCUAUUGAGCGGCAUUUGACCAUGAUUAAAAUGAGGCCUUAUGAUGCAAAUAAAAGAUACAGAGUAUUCCUUCUCAUUGGUACCUGCUGGCUUAUUUCGAUUUCCCUGGGUGCCUUACCCAUCCUCGGCUGGAACUGUAUAAACAACUUACCAGAUUGCUCAACAAUUUUGCCUCUAUACUCCAAGAAGUAUGUUGUGUUCUGCAUUAGUAUCUUCAUCGCCAUUUUGGUUGCCAUUGUCAUCCUUUAUGCCCGUAUCUACAUCCUGGUGAAGUCCAGCAGUCGUAAUGUCACUAAUCACAACAACUCAGAGCGGUCCAUGGCACUCCUUAGAACUGUCGUGAUCGUUGUUAGUGUCUUCAUUGCCUGUUGGUCUCCGCUGUUCAUCCUGUUCCUCAUUGAUGUGGCCUGCAGAGUCAAGGAGUGCUCUAUCUUGUACAAAGCCAACUGGUUUAUUGCUUUGGCGGUCAUCAAUUCUGCAAUGAACCCCAUCAUCUACACUCUGGCCAGUAAGGAAAUGCGUCGGGCUUUCUUUCGCCUUGUUUGUGGCUGCCUGGUGAGAUCCAAGGUGGCCAGAGCCUUACCUAUUCAGCCCACGCCAGAUCACAGUCGAAGUAAAUCCAGCAGUAGCAAUACCCAAAAGCCAAAGGAAGAUUUUCCACCGAUUAAUGUUCCCUCGUGUAUCGCUGAGAAGAAUGAAUCCUCAUUUCACAACGGAAACUUCUGUAAAUAGAGGACUCUUCGAAACAAGUAAUUUUCUGUGGCUUUUAGAGUUAAACUACAAGUGUAGUUUAAGCAUUCAUGCACUUAAGUCACAGGGGAAAACACUAACCAGUUAUUUAACUUUAAGGACUUAUUUAUCAACAAUCAUUUGCUUUGGGUGUUCAUUCAGCAAUGCACCGUAUUCAGAAAAGACUUAACAUACUACCCAACAGUGAGGACAGAGUCCAUGCACAUCUAAUGACAUUGUGCACCACGGUGGUAUUGCAUGAUGAGGCUGCAUUUGGCACUGCCUGAUCUUGCAGGACAUCAAGAAAACCUGUUAGAAACCUCAGCAUUCACUGAACACUGCUGACGAUCAGAAAAUGAGCCUGAUUAUUGUGGACUGGGAGAAAAGCUCAUUACAUAUGUUGGUGUUUAUAGUUCUCUAUAUGUAUCUUGCUAUUAUGUUAAUGACCUUAUAUGGUAUAAAUAGCUGUAUAUUUGUACAAUUCCUUAUUAAAAAGUCAUCGUUUGGUAAAAGUUUACAAUAUGCUAAACGUAUUGCAGUAUACAGUGUAAGGUGACAAAUUAUACAAAUAGAUGUUUUUCAAUGGGGAUAUUUGAAAAUAUAUGAAGUAGUAGCUUUUAACUGACAGGAACUUUAACAUGUCAUAUCAAUGCAGUAUUUUUAUUUUUUCCACUGUUAGUCUGACUUUUCAUAGUUAGUGAAAGACAAUAUGACAGUUGUCACUGUGACAUUUCACAACUUAAUUUAAACAAGCAGUAGUAAAUAACCUUGUUGAGAGAGGCUAUAUGUUUGCUAUUUAAAGUAGUUAAAAUGUGACCCAACGAUACACGUGUAUCAAGUGUAUGUACUGUUUCAAUGCAUAUAUUUUUACUUACUAUUUCCAAUGUAUUUAAAAAUGUAUGUCAAACCUAUGUAAACCUGUGUACAUUGUGAAUGCACUACCUAAGCUGAGAUUCUUCAGUUCUGAAACAGAGACACAUCAUUUCAGAAAGCAAUGAACCACAGGCAAGACCCUGAGGAGUUCCUUCGUUUCUCUCCAGGCACUACCACAGCACAGGAUUGUGUUAGACAUUCUCCCUGGGACGAAGUCCAGCCAGUGGGACAAGAUCCCAUUUUCCUGGCAAUGGGACCCUACACUCCUACUGUCUCUGGGCACUUUUACGGAUACACGAGGGAAGAUGUGGUACAACAGGAUCAUGCUGAAGGGUGUAUCUCUAUUUACACCUGACCCUGCCUUGGAUCUCGAAUGAAAGCCUGUUUAGUUUGGAAGACCUUCCAACUUUCCUGAAGCCCCAGACUUACUCUUUUGAGAGGCUGUUCCAGAGAAACCUGUAUGAAAACAACUUUAUUGUUCAUCACUGCCUUACCAGCCUCAGUACAGGAUGCUGUUCAGCAACAGAGGGAUUCCCUGAGACCUAGAAUAGUUAAAACUUCAUAAACACCUGGUUUCAAGUCCCCAUGGAAGUGGCCCAUGGUACUUCCAUCAAUAGUACUUUAUGGCUGGAGGCUUCUGUGGAGGUUGACGGGAAAUUCUGAGCUUAGUUCCUGUUGUCUUUCAGUAAGAAUGUAAGCAUCUAACUUUAUUGGGCUCUUUCAAAGAUUUGUGUCUUAAUGUCUCAAACCACACCUUGCCUUACGCACAAUCAGAAGUAGUUGAGGCUUUUUUAAUACACAGCCUGAAAGAGCUCAUCCUUAGCUUUAUUCCAGUCUUAACCAUUUAAAGCAGCAGCAUUAGACUCUUCCCAAGUAUGUACAGUGUAUAAGUUGUGUAAUGCGUGUAGCAAAGGCCUUUAAAAUGUAGAGGUUUGCGUUGUGAUUAUCUUUUACAAGUUAACAGUCUGCUUGUGAAUGUUUUAUGCUGUUAGAAAAGUGUAAGAGCAAAGAAAAACUGUAUUUGAAUGAAAUAACUGUGAAAGAGAGUAGUAGAUAUGAAAUAAUUUCUGCCAAAACUGUUGAAAAGCAGUGCACUUGGAGAAGAAGAAAAAGCUAAACUAAGCUAAGCAUGGUAUCACUAUAGGAACUGCAAAUACAGGCUGGGUCAGCAGCUCUGUGGCUUUGUGAGAAAUAGACCUGGUGACAUUGCAUUGCCAUGGCUUGCUUAGGUUUUUAGAUCUUACAGUGCUAUUUGGCUGUAUAUUCAGAGUGGAAGUUCUCCCCUGAAGUUGUGUCUUUGAAAACUGCCAGCUAAAAUUUUUGUAACUUUUAAAUGUUAGUUCAUGACGUGGUGGCACAUGGCAGCAUUCUUUGCUGUGGUAGAGCAGAAAGGCCUUAGCAACACAACAGUUUGAGAAAACAUUGUGGCUGACCCCAUGCCAACUCCUGUGUCAAGGGUAUUACAUGAUUCUUGCUAGUUAGGUGAAAAAAAAAUAUUUUUAACAGUCAAAGACCAAGGACAUGCACAUAAAAGUGAGUUUUCGCAUCUGGAUUCUAGCCUUAGCUAUUGUCAGAAUUGAUGCAAGGUACAAGUUAAUGCAAGCAACUCCACUGUUGGAGGCCAUGUGAUUGUGUGUCAGUAUAAAAACCUUUCAGUCUACUUUGAUUUUCUUCUCUUAUUUUGGAGCUGUGGGGAUAUUUUGUUAGUUCACUACCCUGCUGUACCUGAAGCAGGCUCCUAAGGUUCAUGGGCUUUACAUGUAACACUGAUAAAUAUAAUUUGCAAAGUACUUAUGACUGGAGCAAAAACCAAACUGUUGUGGAGACAGUCUUCAGGGCGUACAUCCUACUGGGACAUAUUAGGUAAAGCACAGACUCUGCAAGAAUUCAGAGCAAAAUUUUAAAGUAGGACAAGUCAGGGGCUUAACAGCAGUGUGACAUAAACAGCCAGGAAGAUGUCCUAUCCCUGAAGCUGGAAAAAGACGGAGAAUAGCUUCUUUCACCAAAAAAUAUUAGACAAUUUCUUAAAUUACAUCCCAGAGUCCAAGUUUUUUAUCAUCUAGGCUGAUUUGAGCAUAAGAGAAACUGUAUCAUGUCUCUCUUUCCCAAUUGGUUUUACAUGGAGCAAAAGCUACAAAGGAGAGCAACAUUUCAUAUUAUUUCAUGAAUUGGAAUAUUUAUGUUGGUUUUGGAUUACAA